CCACCAUCCUCAGUCCGUCGCCACCAUCCUCCAUCCUUCACCAACUCUCAUCACCAAUCCUGCUCCUCCAAACCCUCUCACCCACAUCUCAUAAAUCUCCUAAGUAGCAGCUCAUUGUUCCCCACUCCACCGCAGUCGCGUGUCGCCUUCGGCAGCCUUGGGUUUCCCUUUUCGGCAAGCAAACGCUGGCUCCCCUCAAGUUCCAGUUGUCUCUGCAUUUCGGGUUUCCAUUUUAGGAGGAACCGUCUCUCUCACUCGCAAUUUUCUGACUUGGUACCUGUUGUGGUGCAGAAUUGAGCUGCAUUUUGCUUGAAUCUUGGCUGCAUUGCUGCUUCAUUGCUGCUACAUUUGGCUUUAAUCUUGCCGGUAUUGCAAAUUUUUGGGCGGAAUUAAAACGGCGCCGUUUUAAUAUUAAACACAUGUUUUGGGCGGAAAUUGUUUUGGGUUCUUUUUUCCCUAGUUUUCCUGCACCAUCCUCGUCUGAACACUUUGCCUCCCUUUUUCCCUAUUUCAUCCCCUCCAUCAAACAUAAUCCCUGAUUUUUCUUUCUUUAUGUGUGAUUUAUUUUCAUCUAUGAUUUCUCUCUUGCAUUGUUGAGAGCAUUUUGUUCGUUGUCUGAAGUUUCAUCAAUUUUCUUUCAUCUUAUUCUUCCUUUGACUCCGGUAAUCUCUCACAGGUUUGAUUUGAUUGCUUCUCAGUUCUCUUUGAUCAAUUUUCGUUCUUCUUUCAUAGUUGAAAUUGAUAUAUUAAAUACAUGUUAAAUCUUGUUUUCUCUUUAGUUCUUUACUUGUUUAGCCAUAAAUUUCAUUUGGUUAA